AUGAAGUUUCUUUUAAUAUUAUACGUAGCUUUAAACAUAAUUGUGGCAAUCAAAUGCUAUUCUAUUGACGAACCAGCAUUAAAUCGAGCUAAAAGAUCAGACGAUGAUGGUUUCUUCAGCAAAGUCAAAUCUGGAAUAACAGAUUUUGGUUCAAAGACAAAGAAAUUCUUUGUCAAAGGUUAUGAAGAAACUAAGAAUUUAUUCUCAAGUGAACGAAAUGUCGGAGACUAUACACUAGGAGAUAUUGAUGUAAGAUUCGAUGGCGAUGAUGAAGAAGCGGAUAAUUCGACAACGGUAGCAACACGUAAAAAACGAGAGACUCCAGUAAUUAUUGAUGGAUUUAAAGAAUCUGAUAAUGAAGAAGACAAUGCAUCAACAAACAUGAAUUCAGACACAGAACCAGAUUCUGAUGGACAAAUUAUAAUUCUGCCUCCUAUGCUGUGCAAGGAAGGUCAAGUGCUGGUUAAAGGAAGAUGCAGAGUUUUAAUACAUUAA